CCGCGGGCGAGCGGGGAAGGCGGCGGGAACCCAAAGUUGCCUCGUCGUGGGCCCGCGUCCCCGGCGGGGCUGCAGCCGGGGGCCGGCCGAGCGGCGGCCACAGACCUGGACUCCCGCGGUACCUGGGCAGCGACCCCGCACGAGCGGCGGCAGCGUGGGCGGCGUUGGCGGCGGCGGCGCGCGGGAAGCGAACCGGAGCUCCGGCGCGGCGCUGCGGCCGCCCGGGAACUCAGCUCAGGUGCGCGGCGAGGAGGGCGCGGGCUGGGACCCGCCCGCUGGGACCUAGGAGGUGCGAGGCGCUUGCGCGGGCUACAGCAUUGCCACCACGGACUGCCUGGCCCCGAGAUCGGGCUCCUAGUCCCUGGACACAGCGGCUUCGGGGUCCCCCGCCCCUGAGAGCUGGCUGCGGGACUCGAGCCCGCCUCUGCCAGCCCCGGGACGCACCGCUCCACCCUCGACCAGCCUGCGCCCGCCCUCGACCCAAGAUUUCUGGGGUAUUGGCCGCGCCUCUGGGUGAUCCCUCAGGGCUCAAGUUGCAAGGGGGCGGGCCCCGGUCGGAGGUGGAGUCUCCCGCCAAUUCAAGCUUUGGCUAUAAAUUGAGCUCCCGGAGCACCGAGGACCAGAUGCCUCGCCAGGCCGCCUCGAGGUUGGUGGUCGGAGAAGGUGAAGGGCCCCCGGGGGCAUCGGGGCCCGCGGCCACCAUGCUCCGCUCUCUGCUGCUUCACUCGCUGAGGCUCUGCGCCCAGACCGCCUCGUGCCUCGUGCUGUUCCCGCGCUUCCUAGGCACGGCCUUCAUGCUCUGGCUUUUAGAUUUCUUGUGUAUCCGCAAGCAUUUCCUGCGCCGUCGCCAUCCCGACCACCCCGAGCCCGAAGUAGAGCUCAACAGUGAAGGCGAGGAGAUGCCCCCUGACGAUCCGCCCAUCUGCGUAUCGGACGACAACCGUCUGUGCACCCUGGCUUCUCUCAAGGCUGUGUGGCAUGGCCAGAAGUUGGAUUUCUUCAAGCAGGCCCAUGAAGGUGGCCCAGCGCCUAACUCGGAGGUCGUCCGGCCUGAUGGCUUCCAGAGCCAGCGCAUCCUCGACUACGCACAAGGGACCCGCCCGUUGGUGCUCAAUUUUGGCAGCUGUACCUGACCACCGUUUAUGGCGCGGAUGAGCGCCUUCCAGCGCCUGGUCACCAAGUACCAGCGCGACGUUGACUUCCUUAUCAUCUACAUCGAGGAAGCCCACCCAUCCGACGGCUGGGUCACCACAGAUUCACCCUACAUCAUUCCCCAGCACCGCAGCCUGGAGGACCGGGUCAGCGCAGCAAGAGUACUUCAACAAGGCGCACCUGGCUGUGCUCUGGUCCUGGACACUAUGGCCAACUCCAGCAGUUCCGCAUAUGGUGCCUAUUUUGAGCGCCUCUACGUCAUCCAGAGCGGCACCAUCAUGUACCAGGGAGGCCGCGGCCCCGACGGUUACCAGGUGUCUGAGUUGCGCACUUGGUUGGAGCGCUAUGAUGAACAGUUGCAUGGUACUAGGCCACGUCGAUUCUAAAUAACCAAGGGACAAGUGACUGAAGUGGUGGGCCGGGUCUUCCGGGCCUUCGAAGCCCACGAGCAAAUGCUCCAAAGGAAGUCAAAGGUUGUCAGGGAUCCCCAUGGCACAGAUGAGCGCGCCACAGAACUCAGGCUGAGUCUGGCUAACUUGAGACUCUGCUAGAGUGACUCCCUUUUGUACCUUUUUUGGCUUGCUGUCAGGAGCAUUGCUGUGGCUCGAACUGGCAGCUUUGUCCCUGCUGGAGUUUACCUGCUGGACUUUCUGACACCUGCUCCCCCAGCGCUGCUUCAGCAAAGCGCGAAGGUCCCCAGCAUCUCACAGCUCGGACUUGUUGGCCACGCCCGCGCGCCCUGAGCGCAGCUGGGUUCCAGCAGCGCCUCAGGCUCUAGCUAGUUGCCUGGCACCCACCUGUCGAGCGCAGGGAGUCCUGCUGCUUUUGUGUUUAUUUCUUAUCCCUGGGUUGGGGGAGGGGCUCGAGAUAGGGAAAGGGUGGGCAGGGUAAUUUCCCCGCCUAGCUUUGGGUGAGCUGGAGCCCCGGCUGCUGAUGACGAACCGCCUCUAACUGGGCUUGACCACGGGUCGGCUCUGAAUUGCAGAGGGGCUCGAAACAGCGCCUAAAGUAAGAGGGGGAGAGUGCUCUGGGUUCCACGGGGAACCGUCGAAAACGGGGUGGAAGAGGGACAUGGUGAGGGAUGGACUUCGGGACCAAAGGAAGUGACUUGGCGAGGUUCACAGGUCCCCAAGAGGGAUGCUAGAACUCCUUGGAGAAGGGAUUAGUUGGAAGACAAGGAGAAGGGGAAGAACUUGGGAGUCCUAGGCAGAAAGAGCGGGGUUGUGGGGCGGGGUGAAGACCAGUCAGUGAAUGUUGUGUUGGAAACAUUCCUUGUGUAUAAACUUUUAAGCUACAAUAAUAAAGACUUGAAGGGAGUUGCUCUGA